AUGCGUCUAUUGAAGGCCAUAAUACAAAUAUUUACUGAAAGCGGUUCUGUUCUUCUGCUCACAGGAACGUACGCUGUGUCUGUUGGGGAAGACACAGCUGUGGGAUCUACAUUAGUGACCGUUACGGCUACAGACUCUGUAGAUACUGGCGAUUCAAUAUCUUAUGCCUUUGUCGCCACCUACUCUAUGUUUGAAUUGGACACGAACGCCGGAACCAUUUUGCUUGUUAUGAGCAUGGACUACGAAACGGCAACCAAUCAUCAACUCUUUGUAACCGCGUAUGACGGUACAACUUACGUCACUGCCACCGUCACCAUCACUGUGAAUGACGUCAACGAAGUUGCUGUUUUUGGUAGUUCGACGUACUCACCGACGUUUGCCGAGAACCAAGCCAUAGGAUCGACGUUGGUGCAGGUAGCUGCUACAGACGGGGAUGCCAGUACCUUUGGUACGAUAGCCUACUCAAUCUUCUCAGGUGAUGGAGCUUCUUACUUUACCAUAGACUCUUCCACGGGUAUAAUCACAUCAACUGCCGUCAUAGACUAUGAAGUGAAUACAAUAUUUUCCAUGAUAGUACAAGCGGUUGAUGGAGUUCCUGCUUUAACUGCUCAGUGUCUCGUCCAGGUGACCAUGUCAGACGAAAACGACAACACACCCACCUUUAACCCAACAACGUAUACCGUCACACUGUCUGAGGACUCCGCGGUUUCUACGACCGUGACCACAGUAUCUGCUACUGAUGCUGAUUCUGUCAGCAACAAUAAUAAUGUGUUUGAGUACAGUACAACGUCAUCCGUACCGUUUACUGUCGGAACAACCACAGGGAUAAUUACUAGUAAUUCUGUCUUGGACAGAGAAACUACAGCAAGUUAUGACAUGGUGAUCCUAGCGACGGACAAAGGGGCCACCCCUCUGACCGGCACCUCCACCAUAACCAUCUCCUUGAUAGAUGUAAACGACAACGACCCCAUAAUAUCUGGUACUUACGAUAGCACGAUAGACGAGGAUACCGCCGUCAACACUGUUGUGUUCACAAUCACUGCAACUGAUACAGACUAUCAAGAAAACAGUCAGUUAAGUUACAGCAUCAAUUCUGGGAAUACUAAUACAGACUUCAAGAUUGAGGUUGGAACAGGAAUAUUACAAACGGCGAAUUCCCUCGACAGAGAAACAACAGCAUCAUAUACUUUGGAGGUUUACGUUGUUGACAAUGGUGCGACUCCUAGAACAGCUAGCGUUACAUGUACUGUAACCAUUGGUGACCUCAAUGAUAAUACCCCAGCAUGGACGGCAGCACCAUACACAUUUGCAGUGGACGAAAAUGUUGCAACUGGUACGAAUGUUGGCACUAUAGCAGCUACGGACGCGGACACCGGGGUCAACUCGGCGAUAAGUUACAGCAUUAUAGGAUACUGGUCGGGUGGUUCAAACCCUGUAACCAUCGACACUUCAACGGGAGUAAUAACAACAAGCGCUAGUCUCGAUAGAGAGAGUGUCGACACGUACGUUAUAUGGUGCCGUGUCCAGGAUUCUGGAACUCCUGUGCUGUCGUCGGACACUAAUGUUACCAUAACAAUAAACGACCUUAAUGACAAUGACCCGACAUUUGCCAGUACGACCUUUUCCGCCACAGUGACUGAAAAUACUGCUGUUGGCACUUCGAUAACAACAAUGUCUGCUACGGAUGCUGACACGGGCGUCAAUGCAGUCAUUGUGUAUUCUUUCGACACCUCUACAACAGCAGGUGCUAGAGCAGAUCUGUAUCUGACCAUUGGUUCCUCUACAGGCUUAGUAGAAGUAAAAUCCUCGAUUGACCGAGAGGUUGAUGCGACAUUUACUGUAGUAGUUUUGGCUGUAGAUACUGGUACGAUACCUAGAACUGGAUCCACAACUCUCACAGUGACAGUAGGAGAUGAAAACGAUAACUCCCCAAUAUUUUCUCCGACCUACUACAACGGGGAGGUUCCGUAUACAGGUUCAUGUAAUCCCACUAUUUUAACACUAACUGCGUCGGACGCGGAUGAUGGUGCCAACGCGCAGUUGUACUAUUACUUCACAACCUCAAACAGUGACUUUACAAUGGACUCUAGCACAGGUGAAAUUACUCGGGCGUCAACAUUGUCAAGUGGGAAACGUUAUAUUACCUAUGGCUACUCUCAUGACGGCGGUAGCCCACAGCUCACGACCAGCACCAGUUCGACUAUUCGGAUAGAUGCGUAUACUCCCUCUAUUGUUGUAAUUUCAUUUUACUUGGGGAUUAAUAAAACAUACUACGAGUCGGUAGAAAGUACAUUCAUCGGUCUGUUAGAUGCCGUGUACCAGGUCACAUAUCCAUCCGCCUCGGUCAAACGAUGGUGUAUCAUCGAAUCAUCCGGAAGCUUGAGUAUUGUGCAUAUGUAUGUGUUACAAGACAAUACGACGGAUUCCGUUAGUAACGUCGCUUCCAAUAAAGUGUUCCUCAGUGCAUCAACCGCCCAAGGAUUUGUGGCUACCGAUACGGCGGGAACACCAUCAGCAAGUGUUAUAGGGACUUCAUGGGAUCCAUAUGCCAUACAAAAAAUACCACUUUACGAUAGCGGCUCAACCGACAGUAGCACGCCUUGGAUACAAACAGCCACUGGUAUCGCCGUAACCACAAUUUGUGUUCUUGUUGGUGUCAUAUGUAUUGUCGCGGCAACGGUAGUCAUCGUCAAGUACUGCAGAGCUAGGAGAACAGCAGACGCGGCAGAAAGUGCCUCAAGUAAAGCGCCAAGAGCAGAGGUCGUUGAAUCAAAUGGUGUCGAUUCAUCUGACAAGCAGCCUCCACCAUAUUCACGCCAAGGCCGAAGGGCAGUAGCAGCGGCCUCUACGUUCAAUAGUAAAGCGCCUGUCAGUACAGCAUUUGUAGCAGAACCUGGAGGAGAUAUAAACGCUUGGCAAAAAAAGAGUGAUUUUGUUAUUACCAAUAGAGAUUUUGAUGGGAGAGCGUUUGACCAAGCUUCAGGCCAAGUAUACGAGUAUAGCACGAAGACUGAAAAACGACAGUGGCUUAAAACACCGGAGGGGGACCCCGUUAAGGUCAAUAUUGGCAACACCAAUGACGCGUUGGAUGCAUGA